AUGACACCACCGUCGACGACAAUUGACUCAUUUCGACCCAAGCUGCUCAUGGUGAGCUUUAAGACUUUCGAGGAUACAGAUGGAAAUAAUCUCCUGCUUCGAGUGAUAGAGGCCGAGAUGGCUAUGGCGUCCGCCAUGCUCCAGACCGAGCAACAGCGCGUGGCGCUACCUAUCUCCAAGCUCGGGGGCCAAGCGCGAGAAUGGGCACUAACGUGUGGCACUUCAGUCGAAGCAGCGUUUUCCUCCUGGACAGAGCCGAAGAUGCAGCUUUUGAAAGUGGUCUCAACGGCUAAUCAGGAUUAUCGCAUGCGAUCGCAUUUCUUUGCUGUCCGACGGGGCAAGAAAGAAUUGAUGGACUUUGUUAAAGAAUUGCGCACUCUCAUUGUCGGUAUUGCAGCCGAUCCACUUCCCGAGGCGGUCACAGUGACCGUCUUUGUGGAGGGCCUCAGCAGUGGCAUGGCCAAAAUUGAAGUCUUCCAUGUGCACCGGUCAUCUGUUGUAGAAGUAUAG